AUGAUCGGAAGAAGCGGCCUAAAAGGGAGUAUGCAGAUGCUACUCAGUAGAAGAGAUGAGAUAGCAGCUGCUAAUUCGAAGGAAUUCAUCUCCAUUAUAGAUGAAUUCGACGGAAUGCAUCAUCUAGUCAAUAAACCAAGAGAGCAAGUAUCGGAUGCAGGAGCACUUCGAGAUCUAGCUAGCACAUUGGUGACUUCCAUCAAGGUUCAUAACAUAGGAAGUGUAACUCCAUCACUAUUUGUUUCAAGUUUGAUCAAUCGAUUUGGGAAGAAGAAGAAAAGAAGAAGAAUAACUGAAAGUGACCAGAUUCUCUGGAAAGAUAUUGGUUUGCAUGCUUCUUCUCUGUUCAUGACUUUCCAGGGUCCCUGCAGCAUGCUUGGACACAUGAAUCAUGAUACCCAACCACCAAGAGUUUUAGUUAAACAAAAACGUUCAAGGUCAUCUCUGAAGGAAAAGAAGGUGAAUGUGAAACCAAAAGAGAUUAAGGAUACAGUCGCCAAAGAGAAGACAAACACUGAGAAAUUGUUGCAACAAUAUGGGAGAGUUUUGAUAACAGUGGGUGAAAAAGGCUCUAAUUUUGUUUCACCAACAAACGCUCCUUAUGCUCGCAUGAUAACUUCUGGGAAAGUGGCAUAUUCUCAAUUUAUGUUUAAGUUUGGGUCAUUGAUUGGAAGGUAA